AACGAACGAGCCAACAGAGAAUACAACGAGCUGUAAAUAUACUAACCUUCAGUUCUAAUAUAAAUAUACUAUAAUAAUUAAUUUAAUUAAACAAGUGUUUUCAAUUACAAUGCAAAAAUCUAUCAGCUCGUCAUAUUGGCUUCUGGCUUUUGUGGCCAUCAAUGCAGUCCUGGUGACAGCACAGGUACCCUUCCCUGGCCAGUGUCCAGAGGUUAACAUACCGGAAGACUUUGACUUGGAAGCGGUAAGUGACACACACACACACACACAUCUAGAUACUCACGCACACUAUCUCUACAUUCCAGAGCAAGCUAAUAGGGCGAACUAUCAGGUGCUGGGCACCGAUUAUGAAUCGUAUGCCGUUGUCUAUAGCUGCAGCAGUCUGACUCCGUUUGCCCAUUUGAAAAUCGUCUGGAUAUUGACGCGCCAGCGCGAGCCCACCAAGGAGACCAUCGAGACAGCGUACAAGGUGCUGGACGAUAAUAAGAUCAGUCGCGCUGUGCUCAUCAAGACCCACCAGAAGCACUGCCCCCAGCUGGAGGGCAAUGGCACCGAGGUGGCCUCGACUCAGCUCCUGGACGAAGACUUUGUCAGCAAUGCGCUGCCAAAGGCCAUUGAGACAGCAUGAGAGUGGCUAAGGCGCUUCAAUGAGCGUCUUUUCGAUAUAUUCAUGAACUUCUUAAACGAUUAGCUAACAGUACGGACAUAGUAUAUUCCUAACAUAUACUCAAAAUACUAUAUAUGCUUGAUUUA